AUGCGGAGAGGCUUCACCAGCCCUUCGACGCCAUCCUUAACCCCGAGCAGCAGCCGCCAUUCCCGCUCGCCCUCCUCCUCUCCCCGCCCGUCUCGCUCUCCGCGAAACCGGUACACCGCGCCGGCCUCUCCGUCUCGCACCUCUUCCAUGGAAUACAGGCCUGGCUUCAUGCCCACCACCGUUCGCAGGCAGUCGUGGCAGCCCGGUCGCAAGACGGUGGAGGAAUUGGAAGCCGAGUACCAUGAUUCCGAUGAGGACAUUCCCGACGAUGCCGUCAUCUUCAACAUUCCGAUGUCUCCUCGGCCGCCCCACGACCGCUUGUCUCGCUCCAUGUCUCGUUCGACAUCGUUUUCCUCCUCGAUUGCCGAGAGCAUCCCCGAGACCAAGCACCACACUUCAGCCCCCGCCGCCCUCGGAGACAACGCAUUACCCAAGUCGCCCCGUUCAUCGGCUGGCUCGUUAUAUUCUCCCAGCGUUACCGAUAGCAUACCAGAAGAAAGCGCACUCGAGAUCAGUCGCACUAAGUCAUGGACUGCGGCGCUGUCAGACUUGUCGCGAGAGGCCAGGGAGUUGACAGAGAAGUUGGAAGAGCAUGCCGGAGAAACUGAGCGCGAGCGUGAGAAGAGGAUUCAGAGCGGGGCAGCGUCAGCGCGGCCGUCGGUAGAGAAGAGCAAGACAACCUCGUCCGUUAUACAACUACCGCCGGUUCAGAAGGGCAACAUCAUGAUAGACCCGCUGCCAAUCAGCAAAGAGAAAGAGAAGGUGUUGAGUCGCACGCGGCCAAGCUGGUUACCACCAAAGGAUCCCCAGGAAGAGAAGAAGCACCUCAAGGAAUACCAGAGGAUGAUGGCUCAUGCACAAGAAGCUGGCAAAUCUCCCAUUCCUCUGCUAACAGGAGCAGAGCGUCGCAUGUCCGCGAAGAAGCAAGAAGAGCAACAACGGCGCGACAACCAGCAAAAUUCAAUCUCGCGCAUUUGGGACCAGCACGUCUUGCCCAAUUGGGAUCAGGUCAUCAACGAGCCCAGAACCCGCGAACUCUGGUGGCGUGGCGUGACGCCCCGCAGCCGUGGCAUGGUGUGGCAGCGAGCAAUCGGCAACGAGCUGGAGCUGUCCGAGACCAGUUACAACGCAGCUCUCGAGCGUGCCAAGACGCUGGACAAGAAGCUGAAGAAGCUUGGCGGCGAAAAGCCGCGCGAGGCCUUGUGGUUCGAAAGCAUCCUCCGCGACACCAACGACGCUUUUCCCGAACUCAAAAUUUUCCAGCUCGGCGGCCCCCUGCACGACACCCUUGUUGAUGUUCUCAUGGCCUAUGCGAUGUACCGCUCGGACGUGGGCUAUGUUUAUGGCACUCAUCUCAUUGCCGGACUUCUGGUCCUGAAUUUGCCCCCGGCCGCGGCUUUCAUUGCCCUCGCCAAUAUCCUCAACCGACCCCUUCCUAUGGCCUUCCUCGUCAACGAUUCGAAUGCCAUGCGUCGCGCAAAUGACCUCGUCCUCCGCACCCUGCAAUACAAGUUGCCGAACCUGCACAAGCACCUUGCCGUCACCCUCAAGCUAGAGCCGGAAGAGUAUCUCGAGCCGAUGUUCCGCACGCUGUUCUCUCGGGGUGCCGAUCUCGACAUCGUGUCAAGAAUCUGGGAUGUCUACGUCUUCGAGGGCGACAAGGCGCUUGUGAGGGCUGCGGUGGGUGUGUUGGAUGCACUCGAGGGAAGGCUGUACGGAACUCACGACGAGGUGUUGGCGCUGCUGGGUUGGAACGGCAAGGCCGACUGGGCCAUCAAGGACGUCGAUUCUUUCAUGAAGGGCGUGCGGAGCGCCGGCAAGGUUGACGCGCAGGCCAAUGGCGCCAAGCCUUGA